UAUGUUAAAAACAUCCGGUUAACUUUAAUAAUUUUACAACGUAAAAGAUCAAAAUAAUGAAAAAUGAAACUGCUCAGUCGAUGGCUUAGACAAUGCUAAUUGACCACAGUUCACUGGACAUUGCUGCCGGAAUCAUGUGAUGGCAGAGUACAAUAACUCCACUAGCUCCACAGUGGAUAGCAAUGAUACAUUAUACUUGAAUCCUAUAUUCUGGAGCAUAGGCCACCAGGUUCCUUAUGAGCCAUGGGCUUUCACUAUCAAGCAGACGAUUGUAACCCUCCUGUGUGCCUUUGGAAUCUUUAGCAAUCUGUUUAUCAUUGUGGUUAUUCUGUGUGUUCCCUCUAUGCGUACUUACAAGACGAGCCUGUUUAUUUCCUCUCUAGCUGCAGCUGAUCUCAUGGUGUGCAGUUUAGUCAUGACUAUCAACAGUAUACUACAGCUAAACGUGACGAGAUUGUCGGAAGAUCCCAAGCAUAAAAUGUUGUGUCACGUGUGGUCCUCUGUCACCAUUGUGGUCUGUUCUUCAUCUUCCUUGAAUGUAUGCAUCAUUUCAGUGGACAGGUAUAUAUAUCUCACCAAGACUUGGGUGUACGAGAAGUAUGUCACGCGCUACAGGCUUCGUCUGCUGCUGUUAUCAGUUUGGCUUGUCAGUUUUAGUCUGGCAGCGCCCUCUCUGUUGGAUUUGAUCUGGACUCAUUGGACAGUGUUACGUUGGAACGAGGAAGACGUAAAAGGGACUGAACUCUGCAAGCUGACCCCGAGACCAUCCUACUCCAUCACCAUCGCCGUCCUCGUUAUCAUCUUUCCUUGUGUGACAGUCAUCUUCAUCAACUGCUUAAUCUUCAAGAUCAUUUUGAGUAAAGUGUACCUUGGGGACAUGAGUAUUAUCUACAGACCAAGAACGGAAAGCGGGUCCCCGUACACGACACAAAGGGCACAGGUGCACUUUAACGAACUCCGUAAGAUUGCGUCCUCGGUCGACCCUUGUAAGUUUGAAGAAAAAACUCCCUCGAUGGAAACCAUGCACGAUCCGAAGGACUCGGACAUUGAUCAGAUGCCUUCGGCUUCCUUCGACACUCUUCCCAAAGACCUGAAGAAUGUCAGCGCUACUUCUGUGGACAUGCGCAGACCUCCUGAGCCGCCAAGUAAUACCUCGAGCAGCCCGUUGAAGCUUUCGGCUUUUUCGGCGAGGCUCCUGUCGCCCGGAGAGCAUUCGAGUUAUAUGAAAAGCCUAGAAGGAAUGUUACUCUCGAGGAAAACAUGGGUCACGAGAAUCUCGUCCAGAAGCGUCGCUUACUGUGAGUUUAAGGCUGGCAUGUCUUUGAUUAUUAUAGUUUUAGUCUAUACUAUUUGCUGGUUGCCCUUUGGUAUUGUGACAAUUAUUGACAUAUUCAACCCGUCUUCUAAGGUUUCCACAGCAAGGGAGAUCUGUCUCUGGCUGGCUUAUAGCAACUCAUGUUGGAACCCAAUCAUUUAUUCUUUGAUGAACAUAAAUUUCAGAAAUGCCCUGUUCAAAUGCCUGAGGUCCGCAAUCCGUAGAACAAAGGGCAUCGGCCACCUCUGUAUCAAGAAAAAGCCAAUCAUUCACAGACGGAGGCAGUCUGAUUCUCACCACACACCCACCUCGUUUAUGUUGCCACUGAAGUCUCCACACGAAUUAUCACAUUCGUUCAACAUCAAAGAUACAGACUCACGGCAGACUCACAUUAUUGAGAUGACAGAGCAGACAAUCCCAACUACAUUAUAGUCACUUCGUCAAGUUAGGGCGCAUUUUAGUUUAGGGCGCAUGAAAUGAACUCUUGCCCACGUACGCCCAAAACUUCUCCACAAACUUGAAUCAGCCCCUCCCACCACCUGAAAGUUGUUUGUUCUGUGUGUGUACAAUGAAAGUCUUUUACCCGACGUCUUCAUUUGGAGUCAUUUCUGAGAUAGACGGAACAGUUUGAGAAGCCCUCAAGUUGACCUUGUAUUACUGACUUUUCAAACUGAAAUUUUAUAGAAUUCCCCUUCCGUCUAUCCCUCCCCGCGAACUAAGACCUUCCCUUAUGAUUCUUCCCCAGAACUAAGACCUUCCCUUAUGAUUCUUCCCCAGAACUUACACCUUCCCUUAUAACCUUAUAAUUCUUCCCAAGAACUAGGACCUUCCCUUAUGAUGCUUCCCAAGAACUAAGACCUUCCCUUAUGAUUCUUCUCCAGAACUAGAACCUUCCCUUAUGAUUCUUCCACUUAACUAAGACCCUCCCUUAUAACCUUAUAAUUCUUCCCAAGAACUAGGACCUUCCCUUAUGAUGCUGCCCAAGAACUAAGACCUUCCCUUAUGAUUCUUCUCCAGAACUAGGACCUUCCCUUAUGAUUCUUCCCCAGAACUAGGACCUUCCCUUAUGAUUCUUCCCCAGAACUAGGAUCUUCCCUUAUGAUUCUUCCCCAGAACUAGGACCCUCCCUUAUGAAGCUUCCCCAGAACUAAGACCCUCCCUUAUGAUGCUUCCCCAGAACUAAGACCUUCCCUUAUGAUUCUUCCCCAGAACUAGGACCCUCCCUUAUGAUGCUUCCCCAGAACUAAGACCCUCCCUUAUGAAGCUUCCCCAGAACGAGGACCUUCCCUUAUGCUAAGACCUUCCCUUUUGAUGCUUCCCCAGAACUAAGACCUUCCGUGAUAAUCCCUAGAUUAGAAACUUUUGACUUGGCGCUUAGUGUAGCAAAGGUAGAAAACACUAAAAUCAAUGAAUGUAUCUCCUAGGCUUAUCAUUAUUCGUAUUCCAAAACUCAUGUAUCAAACAUUUUGUCAAGAUUAUUUAC